AUGUAUUGGAGAUGUAAUGAAGACUUGUGUAAAUCGCGUAUUAAUUUAAGAAACGAAGAAAUAGUCAAAGGACCCAGUGAUCAUAAUCAUGUAAUUUCGAAUUUAGAAAUUGAACAACGCGUUUGUAUAAAUAAAAUGAAAAUUCGAGCUCUGUCAUCUCAAGAUAAUCCACAUCAAAUCGUUUCCGAAGCGUCAACAUUGUGUUCGCAAGCAGUUCACGGAGCUCUCCCUCCAGUAAGUUAUAUUAAACGCACUUUAUGUCGAAUACUACAGAUUAAUAGUUCUGCUCCAUCUAACCCUUUAACUUUAACUGAUAUUACAAUACCCAAUAAUUUUUCCCAAACUAUUGAUGGUCGUCAAUUUUUAAUAAAUGAUAUUGAACCAGUUGAAAAUCGGAUUUUAGUAUUUGCCACAGAAAAAAAUUUGGAUUUUCUGGCUAAAUCUGAUCAUUGGUUUGCAGAUGGGACUUUUAAGUCAUGUCCUCCAUUAUUCGCACAAGUAUACACGAUUCAUGUUAUAAAGAAUAAUUUGGUUAUACCAGUGGUUUUCUCUUUAAUGCCAGAUAAAACGCAAAGUUCGUAUGAAAGGUUAUUUACGGCAAUAAAAACACAUAACAUUAGUAUAAAUCCCAAAACAAUAAUGACUGAUUUUGAACAAAGUUCAAUAAACGCAUUUAAAAUACAAUUUCCCAAUGCUAAACAAAAUGGUUGUUUUUUUCAUCAAACGCAAUGCGUUUGGCGAAAAAUCCAAACUAUUUCCGGAAUGGUAGAAAAAUAUAAAACAGACUCGGAAUUUUCAUUGCAAGUUCGUUAUCUAUCUGCCUUAGCUUUUGUUCCCGAAAAUGACGUUAUCGAUGUAUUUGAGACAUUAUGUGAAAGUACGUAUUACACUGAUAAUGAAGAAAUUUUAGAACCACUUAUUUCCUAUUUUGAGGAUACAUGGAUCGGUCGUCCAAAUAGACGUAAAAGGAGGAACCCCAGAUUUCCUAUUUCACUAUGGAACUGUUAUACGUCUACUAUAUCUGGUUUACCCAGAACAAAUAAUUAUGUUGAAGGGUUCAAUAAUUUAUUGAGUUCAUGUCAUCCAACAAUAUGGAAGUUUAUUGAAGCAAUUCAAAAGGAACAAAGUUUAAACGAAAUGAAAAUAAACCAGUAUAUAGCAGGUGUAGUCGAAUCGUCCAGAAAACGUAAAAGGGAUACAAUUAAACAAUUAGUUGAUGACUACGAAAAUAGGAAUAAACUAGAAUACUUAAGAG